AUGCAGAACUUUGCCAUGUCCUUCAGCCGCAGACCCCACUCUCACUCGACGGCGCUACAGCGUUACCUGGCACUCCCGCAAACCCCGUUAGAUCUGCCGGCCUUGAGUAAGUUACAGGCCGAAUCGGUGGAUAACGGCGUUGUGCAUCAGAUUGUGCGCGAGAUGGCCAUCCGCACCUCGAGGUGCUACCACUCAUUCUCUGACUCCAUCAUCCAAAAAAGAAUGCGCAAGCCACACGUAGAUCGACUCUGGUGGGUCAAAUCGUAUGUCCUCCGCGAGUUUAACUACUGCGUCGCGCUGCACCGCUGCCUGGAACAGUGUCCUCAGCAUGGAAUCUUUGACAACUCGACCGACAUCACCUUUGAGCGGCACGAGUACGGCAGCUCACCCUUCCUGUUUCCAUGUCUCCGCAAAACGGACGACGACAGCUUCAUUUACGAGCCGGCGCAGACCUACUCCAGCAGUGACAGCGUCAGCAGUCAUGCACCUCGCGACGCCGAGAACGGCACUGUCUCCGCCGGCGCCUCAUCCUCGACCUCGACGUCAGCGACGAGCACUUUUCGUCCCCUCGGGUUCCUGUCAAACCCUGCCAUGACGCGCGAUGAGGUAGAGGCUGCCUUCUCUACCUGGGAUCGGGGAAAGGCGACCAUGCCUCUCAUUCUCGCGCUCAAGGUCCUGCGACCGCGUCUGUCGCUGCUGGACGUCAUGGUGAACGAAGCUGCUAUCUGCUCUGACGAGUUGAACGGCUGGUUCAUUCGUUUUUGCCGCCGUCGAGUCGCGUGGCGCGUCCUUCACGAACACCUUCUUCACUUGACUCAUCCGACGGACACGCAGCAGGUCAUCUCCUCCGACAUUGACGUGGCCGAAGUGCUGCAGCGCGCCGGCAUCGCCGUUGUCGAAAUUUUUUCGAGCCUUGUCGACAACGGCAGUGUGCUUUCUCUAGAGAUUCACCUGGAGGAGGACAAACGUAUCCUCACCCGCGUCCCCUGUGGCACGUUGGUGAGCUCCUCCACAUCGCCCCUCUCGUGCCCAGCAGAUUUGCCGGAGACUCGCCCGACCCACGUCUCGUCACGGGGCGUCUACUCGGUGGAGGGCCACCUCACGUACAUCUUCCGCGAGGUGCUCAAGAACGCCUGCGCAGCAACACUCAAGUUGAGGCCUGAUAUUGACGUGCUCAUCCGAUACGCCAGCGACGAUGUGUGGGUGGUGGUGGAGUUUGUUGACCAAGCCGGUGGGAUUCAUCCACAGCACUUCAAGAACAUCUGGAAGUUUGGCUGGACAACGAGUGAGCACUACGAAAGUCAUCUGGGCGGCUUCGGUGUCGGGCUGCCUACGUCGAAGGUGUACAUGGGUAUGUGGGGCGGCUCCAUCGACGUCUACUCCACCCUUGGCGUCGAGACGACGGUGCGUGUGCGCUUCCCUAAAGCACCGGUCGAGGUGCUCGUGCCUGAGUCCACCACACCGACAUGA